GCAGGUUGAGGUGCAGUGACCGAUAGUUUGGGUCCCAAACACACACACCACUCAGAGACUUAGUCGCGAACGCACUCUGGAUUUCCAUCCACUCACUAUAGAAUAGAACUACAAUAUCUAUAGAUUAGAACUGUAAUAUCUAUAGAAUAGAACUAGAAUAUCUACAGAAUAGGUUGUGAUGAAGGAGCCUGGGUCCGUCCAGGGGUCUGUUGUCAUGACUACAGAAUAUCAUGACGACUUCCAAAAUACAGACACCAGCGACAACCGACCCUUCUGGACCAAAGAGCCGGAGUCGGGGUUAGGCCAAGCGCACCAAUCAGGCAGAGGUAGAUGGAUGUGGGCGGGGCCUGUUCUGUCUGCUUUCUUCCUAUUGGCUCUGAUCAUCUUUGUCUCCGUCAGCAAUAGGAAUACUGACAGCAGGUUCUCGUCAAUAGAAAAGACUGUUGCCAACCUGAGUUUGGCUGUUCAGACUGUCAUCACCACUCUACAACAGAGCAAAGCCUCAGAGGCAGAGUUGCAGAAGGAGAUUGGAAGGCAGAAGUUCACCAUGGAAAUGACAGAACGAAAGCUGGAUUCAGUGUCGGAGUCGGUGAAGGAGUUUGAUCAGUUGGAGUCCCUUCGUUCUGCUGUAGCCGGAUUGAAGUGUUCCUUAGACAGAGUCCUGCACAACGACACAGUUUCAGGGUGCUGUCCACUUGGCUGGGUGUUGUCUGGCUCCUCCUCCUGCUACUUCUUCUCGUCUGACGGGUUACCAUGGAACCAGGCUCGAGACUACUGCUCUAACUACAAUGCCCAGCUGGCUGUACUGAAGACUGAACAGGACUGGGACUUUGUAACAGGCAGUACCAAGCCGCUGUUCUUCUGGGUUGGACUGUCAGAUGAGAGGACAGGAGAAUGGGAGUGGGUGGAUGGAACACCUUAUAUCAUGGACCGCAGCCAGUGGAAGCCGGGCCAGCCUGAUAACUGGAAAGGCCAUGGUCUGGGUGGGACAGAGGACUGUGCUAUGAUACAUGCCAACGGACAGCUGAAUGAUGAUCACUGUUCCCGUAGUUACCGCUACGUCUGUCAGGGACAUACACUGACACACACUCACUGAUACACACAUUGUAACUGACACUGAUACACACACACACACACA